AUAUUAUCCUAGUGUUGAGACUUUCUUUUCAUUUUUAAAAUGUAUAAUAUAAAUAUCAAUUCUUCAAAUGAGUUUUAAAUACAUUUUUAAAGAAUCGCUUAUCGUUUUUUGAACAUAAUAUUUAGCUUUAAUUAUUAAACAAUGGUAAUUAUUUUUUAUAUCUAAUAACGUCUACUAUGCUUCCUUCAAAACUUAAAGCGUUAAAUGCUUCCUCUUCGGAUGAGAGUAGCAAUGACGAAGAAGCACCUGUUAAAAUCACAAAAGAAGCGUUGGAAACCAAAGCACAACUCCAGUAUAGUCAAGCCUUACAAUACUUAGCUAGGGAACAAAUAGAUGAUGCUGAAAUUGAAUUGUAUAAAUUGCUAGAAAGUGAAAUUAUCAGCUGUUUAAACACCACAUUGAAUCAGAAAGAUUCAUCAAAAUCGGUUUUGGCUCAUUUAAAAUAUUGCUGCCUCACCAAUUUAGGAAAUAUAAUGGUAAAAAAAAGUAAAUUUCAAAUAGCCUUAACUCAUUAUCAAGAGGCUUUGAAAAUGGACAGUACAGAUUUGAAUCUUUGGUAUCGGAUAGGGCUUGCUCAUAGUAAAAUAUAUAACACUGACCAAGCUAUAUCUGCUUUUUUAGAGGGCCUAAAAUGUAAUCCUAACCAUUGGCCUACAUUGGAUAAAUUGAUUACCUUAUUGUUUGCGAGUAGUGAAUUUGUGUGUUGCUUAUAUUAUAUAAGUAUAUCACUAUGUUUAGAUCCUGGGUAUCUAAAAGGUCAUUUUAUUAAAGAACUCAUAUACAAAAAAUUUCCUAGUUUAAUAUCUUAUUUCAAAAGUUAUUGUCCAAAUGGUGGUUUAGAUGUGGAGUGUACAGAUGAAAUUGAUGAAAACAUACAACAACGAAUAUUAGGUGAAAUAUCUGAUAUAAAAACAAAUGAUCCUAGUUUAAAAGUAGAAAAACAUUCAUAUAAUAAUACAAUUAAUCCAAUAUUGUGUGCAAAAACUUUGAAUUUUCCAAAUUUACUUAAUUUUGGUAAAUGGUUAUUAAAUAUUUAUGAUAACAUAUUUGAACAUCACAAUCACUCGUUACUUUAUGAACCCAUAAAGUUCUAUGAUGAAUCUUCAGACCAAAUGGAUUUAACUAAAUGCCUGAAAGUGGAUAAUGUUUUAAAUGAGAAAGAUUUUCAAAACCCUUCAUUCAAACAUCAUGUUGUUUCAUCAAAACGCAGAAAAAGUUCGCCAUCCUUGGAUCAAUUAAAACUAAGCCGGAGAUCAGCUCGAAACAAAGCAAAUACUAAAGCCAAUGAGUCUUCGUUAGCAAAGGCUAUUUGGAACAUAAUGCCAUCUCAUUUGAUGUUUAAUAAAGAUGGCAGUGAUAAAAUUAAUAUAAAUUCAAUAAAAUGGUCUGAUGACUCUAUGGAUACAAUGGAUUUAUACAGAUUAUAUGAGUUUUCAGAUGCAUUAAGUGAUGGACAAACUGAAAAUCUACUAAAAAGCAAUUUAUCUGAUGAAGAGCGUCUUAAACAAAUAAAAAAUGAAGGAUUUUUCGGUACUGAAUUGGAAACAAAAGAAAUAAAAACAUUCUUGACAGUUAAUGAAAACAAAUCAAUUUCUGAUUUUUUACAAAACUAUUUGAUUGUAAUUACCAGGAAGUGGAAUUAUGCCUGGCCUUUGGAACUUAUAAAUAUAUAUAUUGAUAUUUUUAAAAGAGUGUGGAUUCAUACAGGAAAGCAAAAUAUAACAAACAUAAAUAAAACGGAACUCCAUUUAUUAAAUGAUUUAAAUCAAACUGAAAUAAUAAAUGAUGUAUUGUCCGUUCUUACAUAUGGAGAACUACUUUGUGACCAAUAUUUUCAGCUAAGACUUGACCGCAAACCAUUGGAAGGAAGCAUUUUUGGAGGAGAUUUUUGUUCUUUGUGGAUUGGUGAUAUUGAUGAUAUUUUAAACGUAUUAGACAUUAAAGGAGAUAAUAAUAAUCUAAUUAAUCGGUUUCUUUGGCUACGAGCUUUAUUUUAUUUACAGGAUAAAGAAACUGAACUUACUUGUAAUGUCCUUGAUAUGCUAUUGAACAACUUUGACAAUCAUGAAGAAUUUGAAAUUGUUUUACCCAAUUUAGAAUAUUUUUAUAAGAUAAAUAAAAAAAUAGUUGAAAAACUAAUAACUACCUUAAAACGAAAUAAUCUUUUAAGCACUGUAAAAGAUCUGUAUGAAGUACAAGAAUAUCAGACUAUUAUUGAUGUUUUACAAGAAACACUUAAGUCACAAAGUCGUUCUACAAUAGAAAUACCCACCUAUAAAUCAAUGACACGGCUAAAUCAGUAUAUUUAUUUGUUAAAGUCUCUUUUAGAACAAAAAAAUUAUCAUGAGUUAUUUAAAUGGUGUGAGCCCUGUUUAUAUGAAGCUAUACUACACCAUCGUAAAAGUUUAAUAGAAGAAUGUGAUACAACCCAAAAAAAUUGUCAAUCCGAGUUCAUUAACAAUAUAUUCUAUGCUAUGUUGGAAUCAAUUAGAACCGUUGGCCUAUGUGUUUUUGAUGAAUUGACUCAAGGAUAUAAAUCUAGACUUUUGCAGUCUGUUAUAAAUUUGUUAUCAUACCUUAUUGAAACAGUAGAAGGCAAUCCAAGCAUUGAAGUGAUUCCACCAUGGCUAUUAGUUUAUCACUUAUUAAAAUAUGAAGAAUCAAACACGGAAAAUUCAAUUUGUUUGCCAAUUUCUGGCAUACCUCACUCAUUAUCACUUUUAAUCCUUGGACAUGAGUACUUGGGGAAGAGAUCUUGGUGUUGCUUUGAAGAUGGUGGUCUUUUGUAUUUAACAUUAAACGAAAUACAACCUUAUAUCUAUUCAGAUAUUUACAAUGAAGUACUGUGUCAACACGUCGAACAAAUAUUUUAUUGUUUGUAUACACAUACAAUAAAUAAACGUAAUAACAAACCUCGUGGUAAUUUAGUGGAUCACGGUUCUAUGGGCCUGGCAUUAACUUGGCCGCGAGCUAGGCAGUUAGUUCAGUUUCAUAGACCAGUUGAGUUGCCGAGUUACGAUGACAAAGCUAAAUCUUUCCCAGUGAACAAUUCUGAAGCAAUAUUAAAACAAGUCAUAAAUUUAAUACCUAGUGAAAUCAAUCCAGAGCGAUUGAUGGAUAAUUUGACAAAAUUUAUAAGAGGUGUUUCGGAUAAACUCCCGUUAAAUGAUAAUUUAUUGCCUAAUGAUGUAAAAGAUAUAUUCUAUUUAAUGGCCGAUUACAACUUUAAAAACAAAAAUUUGAAAGAAGCAAUCCAAUAUUAUCUGCUAGAUCUUUGUAAUAAUGUUGGUCGUUUUGAUUCAUGGGCAGCUAUGGCCUUAGCACGUGGAAGUCUAAUUGAAACUUUACUAAACUCUUGCAAUUCAAUAAAAAGUGAAGGUAAAAUAAUUAGAGAAGCUCAUAUGGCUGGACGUUGUUUUAAGCAAUCGCUAAAAUUGAGUCCGGAAAACACUAAAAUAUUGAUUGAAUAUGGCACAUUCACUUACAGCAUACAGUCAUACUGCUCAAGGUUAUUAAAACAGGAAACAUCCAAUAUGAGUUUACAAAUGUUCGGAGAACUUGAAAAAGAAAAAGAAAAAAUGAUCAUAGUUGCACAAAAAUGUUUUGAGUCUGCAAACAAUGUGUGGGAAUAUACAGAGUGUGAUGAUAUAGAUGAAAGAUGGAUACAUCAUUAUAUACUUGGUAAAAUAGCUGAAAAAAAUGAGGAAGAUCCUACCUUAUUUAUGGAUCAUUAUUUAAAAGCAAUUGGAUACUUAGACUCUUAUGGGGCUAAAUACCCAGAGCUUAUACAAUUUAGUACUCCACAAUAUUAUUCUAUGGAACUCCUAGAGGUUUAUUAUAGAAUCCAUGCAGCAGCACUGAAAUUAUUAGAAAAAUAUGAUAAUAAUUCUAUCAGUAAUGAGUUAUUGGUUAAAAUUGAGAAUUUCUUUGUCCAAUUAUCAAAUAGUUCACCAAUAUUAAACAAAGAUGAUAAAACAAACCCAGAUACUGUAAAUUGUAAAGAAAGUGAAUACGAAGAAAUGGUAUUAGGUUGUGAUCUUAAUGAUGUGGUCGAAACCAAAAGGUCAGCCCAAACUAAUAAAAAACUAGUACUUGAUGAUUCCCAUGUACCCUUAAAGAAAAUCAAAUUGAAUAACUCCUCAAACGAUCAAGAUUUAUCACAGCUUUAUUGGAAAUUAAUUCAAUGGUGUUUGGCGGCUCUAGACAACUGCUUAAAACGGUUUCCUCAGCAUUACAAAUCGUAUUAUCGACUAGCUCAUUUUUACUUCCGAUCUCCUACUCAUAAGGAUUUUACAAAAUGUAGAGAAUUGUUAUUGGGUAAAAAUGGACUAUUUGCCAAUCAAACAAAUCGUAACUUUUUCCAGGGAAUUUGGCGAAUACCUGUUGGUGAAAUAGACAGGCCUGGUUCAUUUGCAUACCAUAUGAGCCGCUCAAUUCAUUUGUUGCUGGACUUUCUCAAAGAAACUGGAGAUUACAAGGCAUUAUUUGAAUUGGCUUUGCAAUUGAAAAAUAAACCUGAUCCUAACAAGAAAUACUUGCGUGAUGAUGAACGGGAAGGAAUUUCCAAAGAGGCUUUAAACCUUAGUAUUCAAAUACUACGAAAACUAAAAUCAGAAAAUUCUAAAACUAAUAGUCGAACUAAAAAUGAACAACUUUUAGUCGAAGUUUAUAGAAUAUACAAGCAAGUAAUAAAGCAUUGGUCACAAAAGGAUAACACACUUUCCAAAUUAUUACUGAAUGUUUACCAAAAUAUUUUUGAAAUUAAGGAUGAAGUUCCUAUUGAUGUAAUAAUAAAAUAUUCACUUAAACUUGAAAAACAAAAAGAAACUGGAAAGAUUGUGACAAAUAAUGAAAACAUAAUACCUUUGACUUCAACUGUUCAAGAGAAACAUGCCUACAAAUUUGAUUACCCUCCAAUAACUUUAACUCCACUACCUUCUAUAACUCAAAAGAGACAAUUCUAUUCAGAUAUGCCUUCAGAUACUACCAGCGAUUUAACAAAUCAACUUAACUCUUUAAUAUCUACACAUAAAGACCACAUUCAAUUUAUUACACCAAAUUUACUCGAAAAUUAUAAGAAUGCAUUGCAACAUAAACUACAAGAAAGUAAACCAAAAAUUAAACGCAUUUCUAAAAAAAAAACUCUGGACGUCACCAAUCGAUCCCCUAUGAACUUAUCAUUAGAACAUUCUGAUAUUAGCCAUUUGCAACAUAAUAAAUUAAAAGUAAAUUCUAAUUCUAUAAAUGAUGAAAUUAAAUGUUUGCAAAAAUCGAAAUCUAUCGAAGUAGAAAUUAAUUGUCAACCCAAAUCUAAACAUCAUUCAUCUGGUAAAUCUAGUGAGCUAAUAAAACCCAUUCAUCAUUAUAAAUGUACUCCAGAAGUAGAAAUAAAUAGAAUUAUUAAUCCUAAACCCAAUAAAACACUCAAUGAACAAUCUUUAGAAAAAUCAAAAUCUAAUAAAUUAAAUAUUGAAAAAUGUAGACUUCUGGAAUUUAAUCAAACUUCGGGCAUGGUUGUUAGUAAGGUAAAAGAACCACCUAGUACAUCAAAACGAAAUGCAGUUUAUAUCAAUUUAGACUCAGCAGCAGAACAGGCUCGACUAAAAUCCACUGUAUUCCAUAAUACAACUCCAAAAAUCAAAAAACCACCUGUUGUUCCAAUGAAUCCGGCAUUGUUAUUAUCUUCAUGUCCAGGUUUAAGUAUUACACCCAUUUCCAACAAAAAUGAACAUAAAGUUCGAAAAGAAAGUCACAGUAAAAAUAUUAUUCCUUUGGCUCGAAAUCUAUCAAGUGCAUCGGAACAAUUUAAUUUUCAACAAGCUAUUCAACAACUUGGGAAAGAUUUAACUAUAACAAAAACAGAAAAAAAAUAGUAAUAAAUUAAUAUAGUCUCAAAAUAAUAUAUGUAUUUUUUAAUUAAUAAUAAAACAUUAUUUGGUUUGUUAUAUAUUUUUAAGUUAAGUUUUUGUAAAAAUUAGAUGUAUUAGUAUUAUUUUAAGUAAAUUUAUUUAUUUCAUAGACAUGUACCUAAUUAUUGUGAAGUUUUUGAGCAGUUUCCUGUUUAUUUU